AUGGCGCAGUCCGGACUUUCAUCAACAUGGGGGCCAGGGAAUGGCGAUGGUGCUGCUGCCCCCGGUAGCCGUCGAAAGAAGGUUUACGAAUAUUUCAAAGCGGCCAAUGAGCUACGACAGGCCUACACAUCACAAUGGUCGGGGCAGAGGAAUGAACACGAUGAGGACUACUACAAUACCCCCGGUGCCUUUCCGGAUGUGGAGAUCGCACGGUCAGGCGACGAGGAGAUGGUGGUCUUCCCCAGUUAUGCUCGGAAAUUGACAGAGAAGAAAAGCACCGGUACUAGCGCACGUUCGCGACGUGAGUCGUGGGCAGAAAUCGAUGAAUACAGGGGUGCAACCCAUGAGGAUGAUGAACCCCCCACACCUACUUGGGAUGCAACGGAUACUGAAGAUGCAGUGGUGGCCGUUGACGUGCGUGGCUGGAUUUACUCUCCUAGUCGGGGGCCGAUGAGCCGAAAGCACCGGUUGAUGAUUGCACUAGCCAGGAAGCUGAGCGGGAUUUCUACACCAAGUGGAAGUACAAAUGAUGAAAGUGACGACAAAGUCUCUGGGAAGGGAGAUGAUGCAUACAUCGACAAGGAGCUCCAAUCAUUAGUCGCAAAGGCUGAGAAGGAAGCAGACCCAGCUUGGAAAGGCUCGCAUGCGGAGCAAGCACACCAUCCUAGCGCACCGUUGACUAAAGAUCAAUUAUCUAUGGCGAAUGCCCAUCUAAUGGAAAGACUUCGUCCAUUCUUGACGAAUCCAGUUGGGAGCAUGCCAGUGACGGUGUUCUUCUUCAACGACAAUGAGAGCAAAUCUCGAAAUAUCACGACGGAUGAAUCAGGUCAUUUUACUCUGCGCGCUACACUUCCCUUUGUGCCAACGCAUGUUCGCGUGUUGGCAUCCGAAGACCUCUCCGUCGUAAGGCCGAUUGAGGUCAUCGAUCCGGUUGGAAUCAGUUUGAUCAGCGACAUCGAUGAUACAGUCAAGCACUCAGCCAUUGCCAGUGGAGCGAAAGAAAUGUUCCGAAACACCUUCGUCCGUGAAUUGGAUGAAUUGACGGUCGAAGGAGUCAGCGACUGGUACUGCAAACUGGCCGACCAGGGUGUGAAAAUUCACUAUGUGUCAAAUGCUCCCUGGCAGCUGUAUCCCCUACUUGAGCGGUACUUCAAGAUGGUAGGAUUACCUCCUGGCUCCUUCCAUCUCAAACAGUACUCGGGCAUGCUUCAAGGAAUCUUUGAGCCCACCGCAGAGAGGAAGCGGGGGUCAUUAGAGCAAAUCCUGCGCGACUUCCCAGAACGAAAAUUCAUUCUUGUCGGCGACAGUGGUGAAGCUGAUCUAGAGGUUUACACGGAGAUUGUCUUAGCAAAUCCCGGCCGCAUUCUGGGUAUCUUCAUUCGUGAUGUUACGACCUCAGAAACCCAGAAGUUCUUCGACAAAUCCGUCGGCCAUCUUGACCAGUCUAAACGCAGUCACAGUUCACCAAAUGUAGUGGACCAGUCGGACGCUGCUAGCAACAGACCAGCACUGCCGCCCCGAGGUGGCACAGCUGCUGUUGACUCUCCAGUGCCCGUAGGCCAUCGCGAUCCGGAUCCCAGCGAUCUUGACCUCGAGGACCUGAUUGAUCUCACAGAUCUUAUCAUCGGUGAUCAGCCACCUCCAGCGGGGCUCACACACCCCACAACUCCACGACCACGCCCAGCGAAACCAAUCAAACCAUCUGCACUGCGCAUGGUUUCUACGCCAGCUGAUUUGGCGAAGAGCUCUAGGCCAUCAUCCCUGCGCAACGUUGCUACACACGAUGCGCCAGAAGAAGAGUCCAAACCGGCGCCAGCCCAAGAGCCUCCCAAGCGCAAACCAGCCCCGCCUGUGCCACCCAGACGUGGAGUUCCCAAGACAGGUUCAUUGAUUGAUUUAGAUCCCUCUCCUUCAACAUCUCAGAGUAGCUCUGGGACAUCAACGAAUGAAACAGCUUCCUCGUUGCUUAAAGGCCUCAAUAAUAGUUCUGCAGGCUCUCAGAAUCAAUCACAAGCUACACGAGCCAAGCCACCACCCCCUCGUCCGCCUCCACGUCGCACAAAUACCGGGUCUUCUACAUCCAGUACAGAUUCCUCCAUAUCAACUACACCGGCUCGCACUCCGAGCAGCAUUCAAUCAUACCCAGCGGCAGCCGCCCAGGCUGCAUAUCAAGGGUUCCAAUAUGCCAGCGACCGACUCAAUUUCUCGUCCAACCAAUCACUUAGAAGAACAGAUACCAAUGGCGAAUCGGGCGUACCGCCUGCGCCCCUUCUAAAUAAGCGCGAGGAGCUUUGGCGACGUCGUUGGGACCGCGCGAGCGAGGUGCUUGAACAGCACGGUGUUACGCUGGGCAGUUGGCGGGUCGGAAAGGAUGCGCAGCCUGUUUGUGCGUGGUUAAUCGACGAGGCAAUGAAAGACAUCAAAGCUGGUCGUUCGAAGGGUGAUCAUUGA